AGAUCUUUCCUUUAUUUCUUAAGGGCUUACAACACACAGUGCGUCAGUGCCGGUUCCCCUCCCACUUCUUCUACACAAACACAGUCCUUUCACUCAAUUCACUCUCUGGAAAAACCGCGGCGCUUUUCUCAAUCGCAAAAGCGGUUCUUCCUUUAUCGCAGAUCGGCUUCUGCUGUUUCGAUCCGCGUUUCUUAGGUUUGAAUUGUGUUUUAAGGAUUGGUAAUGGCUGGCGAAAAGAAAAUUGAGAAAGGAGAGCCUAUAUCCACUGUACUGACGGCAGAUUCUGUUACUGGAUUGAGUCAGCAAGAAGUGGUAUCUGGAAAAGACGGAAUACCAUCUGAUUCAAUCCCCUCCAUGUCUUCUCUAUUGGAUUCCACCUCUAGCAUCAAAGGUGAGACUGAUCAAGAUUCAGUUGGAGAGCAUGGUGUUUACUAUCAACCUACUAGCUGUUACAAUUAUUAUUACCCAGGCUAUAAUGGAUCGUUUACACAGAUGGAUGAUCAUGGUUAUUUACACGCUAAUAAUCAGCAUACGGGUGUGCAGUCAGACAAUGGUUCAAUGGUCUAUUAUCUUCCGGGUUAUAACCCAUAUGCCCCGGGAACUCUUAUGGGAAUUGACAGCCAAGGUGUUGGUCAACAGCAGUAUUUUCCUUCCUCAGGGUAUAUGCAACCUCCUGUUUCCUAUGGUUCAGAAGCUGCGCCUUGUUAUUCAUGGGAUACAACAUUUGUUGGUGACGUCUCUACUGCAGCGAAUUCUGGUUUUGGAAAUGUAAAGGUCGGUCCAGGUUCUGCUGCUUUGUCUAAGUCGGGUGGCUUUAUCUCGACUAAAACCAAUGGCAAUCUUCCUAGCAGAUUUUCCAAGUCUCUCCCUCAUACACAACCCUUGAAAUCAUUAAACAAGGUACCUCAUUUGGGCAAUGAUUUCUCAGCGGGUCUUUUGAAGGGGUACAACCCAGCUGGAAGGUUCUCAUCAUUUGCUAACCAGAAGUAUGGUCUUUUUCCUCCAAAUGGUCACCUGAACUACAAAUCUAAUGCGAGAAUUUUGAAUGGAAAUGAUAGAUUUAAGUCCAGGGAAAACUAUAACAGGAAUGAAGAUUUUGAAUCCUCAACUGAGCUGACACGUGGUCCAAGGUCCCGAAACAAGAGUCCUCCUUUAGAUUCAGCAAUUGAGAAGGACGAACUAUCGUUUACAGUCCAUAGAGAUCAAUAUAAUCUACCAGAUUUUCAUACUGGUUAUGAAAAAGCGAAGUUUUAUGUCAUCAAGUCUUACAGUGAGGAUGACGUCCAUAAGUCCAUUAAAUAUGAUGUUUGGGCCAGCACUCCAAACGGCAAUAAAAAACUAGAUGCGUCAUUUCGUGAUGCUGAAUCAAAAUCGAGGGAGACAGGCACCCAGUGCCCCAUCUUCCUCUUCUUCUCGGUAAAUGGAAGUGGACAGUUUAUUGGCCUAGCUGAGAUGGCUGGCCAGGUGGAUUUCAAUAAAGAUAUGGAUUUCUGGCAAGUUGACAAGUGGAGUGGUUUCUUCCCAGUAAAAUGGCAUGUAAUAAAGGACAUACCUAACACUCAAUUGCGGCAUAUUAUCCUUGAAAAUAAUGAUAACAGACCUGUAACUUUUACCCGGGACACUCAAGAGAUUGGACUGAAGCAAGGUUUGGAAAUGCUGAACAUAUUUAAAAGCUACACAGCUAAAACAUCAUUGUUAGAUGAUUUUAAUUUCUAUGAGGAUCGAGAAAAGUCUCUGAAAGCCAAGAGGAGCAGUAAGCCUGCAACUUUGAAGAUGGAAACUUAUGACAAUAAUGAUAUUAAUAAACAUAUAAAUGCAGGAGGGAGAAACGUUGAUGAUGAAUCAGCUGGAAUAAGGAUGGCUUCCGAUCGAGCAUCUCUCAUUUCACUCACCAAAAAUCUAUCCCUCAAUGGUUGCCCAUGAUGGAUGAAGAAUGGGUUAAGGACUGCAUAUACAUUCCUUGUCUGCACUUAGGCAUUUUGUGAGUUAGUCAAAGCACCUUAGGUCUAGAGAUUUUGUUUCUUCCUUGGUUCUCUUUUUUGUUUUGUUUUUCAGUCUAUGUUAUAUUUUUCUUUCCUGGUUUUCUAUCUAGCUGGUGUGCGUGUUUAGUUUUUAUUUUUAUUUUUAUUUUUUAGUUUCUUGUGUCAGUUAGAUGGUGAGUAGUAGUGAUUCAAGUUAAAUUUCUGGUGAACAAUUGUCUUUUUUCCCUCACUCUUAUAACAGAUUAAUUGAAGUGUCUGCGUUUUUGUUUUU